AUCGUGUAAGUUGUCGAAAUGGCAAGAACAAAGCAGACGGCUCGUAAAUCUACUGGUGGUAAAGCUCCCCGAAAACAACUCGCCGCUAAAUCAGCUCGUAAGAGCGCUCCUGCUACCGGUGGCGUGAACAAGCCUUACCGUUACAGGCCUGGCACUGUAGCUCUGCGAGAGAUCCGUCGUUACCAGAAGUCCACCGAAUUGCUUAUCCGCAAGCUGCCUUUCCAGAGAUUUGUAAGAGAAAUCGCCCAGGAUUUCAAGACUGAUCUUCGUUUCCAGAGCUCCGCAGUCAGCGAGGCUUACUUGGUCGGUCUGUUUGAAGACACCAAUCUGUACGUAAUCCACGCUAAGAGUAACCAUAAUGCCGAAGGACAUCCAGCUGGCUCGUCGCAUUCGUGGUGA